GAGGUGGCGGAGCCUCUGCAGGAUCUGAAGGAGGGCAUGGAGCAGCUGGAGAAGAACAAAACCCUCCGUUACAUCCUCUCCACUCUGCUGUCAAUUGGAAAUUUCCUCAACGGCACCACUGCCAAAGGCUUUGAGCUGACGUAUUUGGAGAAGGUUCCGGAGGUGAAGGACACCGUCCAUAAGCAGUCCCUGCUGCACCACGCCUGCUCUGUGGUGGUGGAGAACUUCCCCCAGAGCACCGACCUCUACUCCGAGAUAGGAGCCAUAACACGCUCUGCAAAGGAGGGGUUUCCGGCUCUGGCCUCGGUUCCGUACCCGUCGUGGAUCUAUGUGAUCAUCUUCCUUUUGGCCGGAGUCCCCAGCCUGGCCGUGCCCGUGUUUGCUUUGUGUCGGCUGGCCACUUCGUGCUGCAGGAAAAAAGAGUUCAUAUCAGAGUGCCAGAGGAGCUCCACAGUGGAUUAUUACUUCUACAGAGUGACCCUGGACAGCUCCACCUCCAUAGCCGAGUCCGGAGGCAUUCACUGGCCCAUGGUGGUGUGUCUGCUGGCCGCCUGGACGGUGGUGGCCAUCUGCUGCAUACGAGGAAUCAGCACCUCUGGGAAGGCGGUGUACGUCACGGCCAUCCUGCCCUACAUCGUGUUGGCCAUCUUCCUCAUCCGGGGCCUGACCCUCAAAGGCUCCCUGAGCGGGAUCAAGUUCCUCUUCACUCCAGAUGUGGAGGAACUGGUGAAACCAAACACCUGGCUGGAUGCAGGCGCCCAGGUGUUCUACUCUUUUGGGCUAGCCUGGGGAGGCCUGAUCUCCUUCUCCAGCUACAACCCUGUUCAUAACUCUCGGUACAUCAGUUCUAUCCAGUGUUUGACUUUUUUAACACGUCUAUCUCCCUCAGAGUUCAUAUCAGAGUGCCAGAGGAGCUCCACGGUGGAUUACUACUUCUACAGAGUGACCCUGGACAGCUCCACCUCCAUAGCCGAGUCCGGAGGCAUUCACUGGCCCAUGGUGGUGUGUCUGCUGGCCGCCUGGACGGUGGUGGCCAUCUGCUGCAUACGAGGAAUCAGCACCUCUGGGAAGGCGGUGUACGUCACGGCCAUCCUGCCCUACAUCGUGUUGGCCAUCUUCCUCAUCCGGGGGCUGACCCUCAAAGGCUCCCUGAGCGGAAUCAAGUUCCUCUUCACUCCAGAUGUGGAGGAACUGGUGAAACCCAACACCUGGCUGGAUGCAGGCGCCCAGGUGUUCUACUCUUUUGGGCUAGCCUGGGGAGGCCUGAUCUCCUUCUCUAGCUACAACCCUGUUCAGUAA